AUGAGAGGAGCUAUCUCGCAGGUUCUCAGGAAUCUUUCGAGGGCAAGGGCAGGGUUUAAGGGAAGCAGCAAAUACGAUUGGGGAAGCAGGGGGUUCAAUUUCGCAGGUUUACCCUGGAAACCCCAUGUCAAACAUCACAAAAAGGAGGUAUGUGACUUACGAUUGGGCAAGCAGAGGUUCAAUUCGCAGUCAAACAUCACAGAAAGGAGGUAUGUGACUUACGGUUUUAAUCCCGGAGAUGCUGAUAAAGAGUCAUUGGAUAGGAUGGCCCAAAUUAAUGAUUUCUCUCGAAUUUUAGGGCUAGUAAAGAAACAAGGGAAAUUAGGGGAUGUAGAAUUAGUUGAGUUUAUCCGCGGAAAGAUUAUGGAAUUUUCCUUUGAGCUUCUAGAUGUGAAUGACCAUCAGUUGUUGCUAGAGAUUUACUCAGACUGUGGGAUGGUAAGUGAUGCUCUGUGUGUAUUUGAGGAAAUGCCUCUGCAGACUCCAGAGGCUUGGCAUGAAAUAAUUCGAUGUCUUGUACAAAAUGGAUUAGGGAAAGAAGCUCUUACGAUGUUUCGUUGGUAUAAAGAAGAGGGAAACAAACCUGACAGUUCAAUAUUCCUAGAUGUUCUCUAUGCGUGUAAACUGGUUGCUAAUGCUAAGGAGGGAUUGUCGCAAUAUAAAUCCAUGCAUCAAGACUAUGGGAUUUAUCCCACCGUCCAGCACUAUGCAAGCUUGGUAGAAUUGGUAGAAUUUUGUGCUUCUCUUGGCCACUUGGAUGAAGCACUGGAAGUUGUGGAGAGUAUGCCCGUGGAUAGCGUUGAUGUGUGGGAAACUUUGAUGAAUCUCUCUUGGACGCAUGGAGAUAUAGAGCUUGGAGAUCGGUGUGCGGAAAUCAUUGAUGGGUUGGAUCCGACAAGGUUGGACAAACACUCAAGGAAAGGGUUCUUACCGGUUAAGCCAUCAAAGACUCCUAAGCGAUUCUUGAGCAUUUACGAUGGGCCCCCUCAAUACAAGGCAGGGGAUCUCUUUCUGCCUCAUAAUGUUGAACUCUUGGAGCUACUGACUAGUCUGAUGAAGCAGAUGGUAGAAAUGGGAUAUCAGGCAGAUAUUAGUGAGGUAGUUCAUGAUGUGGAGCAAGAAUGCAAAGAGAGAACGCUUCUGGGUCAUAGCGAGAGAUCUGCUUUUGCUCACUUUGUUCUCAACUCUCCACCACGUGCACCAGUCACGGUGAUAAAACACAUUCGAUCAUGUGUUGACUGUCAUACUGCAUUCAAGAUGAUGGGAGCCAUAGUUGGUAGAAAAAUCUUCUCCCGAGAUCGUAAGAGAUUCCACCACUUUAAUAACGGGGUUUGCAGCUGUAAGGAUUAUUGGUGA